UCCUCGCUACUACAGCUCGCUUGACCGCCACUCUGUGUCCGCUCCGCGAAGCUACAAUGCACUUCACCUAUUUCGCUUCCCAGAGAAGAACUUCCCGGAUCGUUGGCAAUGGUGCGAGAAAGUAUUGACUGCAAUGCAACAGCACCACCCUGUGAAACUUUCGAUAGACCAUCUUGUGCUGGCCCAAUGGGCACACGCAGGAUCCGCGCACCCUCGAUUACACGAUGCAAAACCAUCCCGCCCAAAUCACCACUACAUCAUUCACCACGCAGACUGAUGUGCUGCGAUGGCCGCUGAUCGAUUCUGCUUCUCGCUCCUUUUCUUCGUCGUCAGCAACCGAGACCAGAACUCCUGAACUUGCAUCAACUGAUCAAGGCAAGCCAAAGUGAGUGAACUGUGAAGAUGUUCAGCCUGAGCUGGAGGAGGCAGCUGAACCGGGUUAGCUCUCUCCAGUAGGAAUCUAGACCACCUGGAGGUCGGCGACGACACAUACUUUUAUUGAAGGAAAGCGGGGAGGAUCGGUCGCCACGAAAUGGGUUUCAGGUGGCAGAGACCCAGCACUGCCAGCAGCUGAACUUCAGCAGAGAUAUGAGGGCUGGCAAGGCUGCAUUGUCAGCAAUGCUGCAAUUCGCAAAGGCGCCCUUGUCUGCUGGAUGAAUGAUUCAACUUGAGCUUCAAAGGCUUGAAGUUAAAGGCGCUGCUCGCUGCUUAGAGGGGGCUUCUGCACUGGUGUGGCAGAGUUGCAGUCUACAGUCAAACUAGCUUCUAAUACAAGUGUGAGCAAGCAAGGAUGGUGGACGACGUCGACAUUUCUGGGGAUGGAGGUGUCACAAAGAGAAUCCUGAGGAGAGCAAAGGAUGGCGCGGCCGGUCCCUCUUCUGCAGAACCUCUAGUAGACGUGCAGUACGAAGGAAAGCUCGAAGCAACGGGAGAGGUCUUUGACAGCAGCCGAGAAGACAAUACUGUCUUCACAUUCGAGGUCGGCCAAGGCAAGGUGAUCAAGGCCUGGGAUCUGGCUAUCCCCACAAUGAAGGUGGGCGAACUGGCUGCCAUAACAUGCCGGAGUGACUACGCCUAUGGGGACAGCGGCGCUCCACCAGACAUCCUGGGUGGGGCCACGCUAGUGUUUGAGGUGGAGCUUGUGGCGGUGCGGCCACCAAAAGGAGCGUCCGCGGGGAGCCGCACAGAGGAACGGGACAAACUAGAGCAGCUUCGAAAAGAGCGCGAAGCGGCCGCUGCCGCCAAGGACGAAGAGAAGCGAAAACGAGAGGAGGCCAAGGCGGCUGCUGCAGAACGGAUGAAAGCCAAGCUCGAGGGUAAGAAGGGCGGCAAGAAAGGGGGGAAGAAGUAGUUAGUUGGAAGAGUAGGAUUCAGUAGCGCAUCCAUAUCGUGCCCCGACUGGUGCAGAGCCGGCUGCAGAGCUCGCGAUGUCCAGACUUGCUCAGAGCCAUCGACGAAAGAGCAUGUGUCGACUCGAAGAGCCGUAAUAAGUCGUCUCAGUCAAGCGUCGGAACCAAUGCAUGUCACUUCCAUUCGACCUACAGGUUGCUGUCGAGCCAUGAGUACUUUCUGUAGUGUUGUGGCCCGGCCGCUGCAAUAAAUUUGGGCGGCGUUGAAUGUGAAAUGCAGUAAGUAUCCAGUAUGCUCCCAUUGAUCGAAGACCUAUAGCUCUUUGUAGACACUGCGCGG